AUGCUGCCACUCCUGAUCCUCAGAUUCCUUACGAGUGCUAUUGGUCAGAGCACCGAAACGAGCUCCUAUCCACCCAAGGAGUUUAUGACCUCAAUGGCAGACCGAAUGGAGCUGCUCCUGCUGGACAGGGAGCUGAUCUCAAACCUCGUGCUAUAUGCUGAAAAGUUGCAGGAAAAAGUCGACGUGCUGCAGAGAUGUGCAAAGGCGAUGCGGAUACCCCUCGAGACUUCGAAGGGCAAGGAGGAGUACCUAUCGAAUCCGCUGCACAGUUUCCAACUCAUCCGACACAUGCACGAGGACUGGCGGCAUUUAGAGAAGUUCAUGCGGCAGCCUGUGGGGCAGGCUCUGGCGGAGCACUCGGAGCGUCUGCUCACCCUCUACAGAAACACGAGACACGUCCCUGUUUCGUGGGAACUGAUGCCCUUUCUUCCCGAGGAAUUCAAUCAGAUCUGCCGCUCCUCGCACCAAAAUAAACCCUCGCGUCUGCACUGUCGCUACAAUACCACAACCACACCCUUCCUGCGCCUGGCCCCGCUACGGAUGGAGGAGCUGUCGCUGGAUCCUUAUAUCGUGGUCUACCAUAAUGUCCUCUCCGACGCGGAAAUAGCCGAAGUGGAGAGAGUUACUGAGCCGCUUCUGAAACGCAGUGUCGUGUUUGAUGGAAAGGAAAAUAAGAUGUCCACCAGCAAGAAGCGCACAGCCCUGGGAGCCUGGCUCCCCGACUAUAAUAUGGAGGUCUCGGGCUGGCCAGUGAUACAACGUAUCUUCAGGCGCAUACACGACAUGACCGGGUUGAUCAUUAACGAUCAUCAGACCAUGCAGCUGAUAAAAUACGGCUACGGGGGCCACUACGAUAUCCACUUCGACUACUUUAACGCCUCCAUUCCGAGCAUCCACGCUAUGGGCGAUCGCAUAGCCACUGUCCUAUUCUACUCCUGUCCUGCUGGAUACACGAGCUAG